AUGUCCCAAGUUUUGGGAAAUCUUUGUGGUAUUUUGGGGAAACUCCCGAAGUCAAAUGACCUUCACCAAUGUUUGUGGAAAUUUCGGAGUGUUUGUGCCAUUUCCCCAAAGUUCACUAUAGCUCCUUCCUCAAAAUUGGGAGCUCGAGGUCUGUUAAUUUCCUUACUGAGUGUAUGUGGGUUUUGUGCUACCACUGUGCUGUCAACUAUGCUUCAUUUCCAGCUCUGUCCACGGACUACUCCGCACUCCCCUUUAAUACUGAAGUGCCUACAGGCGGGACGUGAACCGUUACAAUGUGAUGAAAAGUAA